AUGGCAAUAAACGGCACCUCGGCUGUCCCGACACUCACAGCCCAUGGCCUCGAGAGGAUGACGACAAUGCCCGUUGCAGUCGCAAUAGCUGUCAUCCUCGCCGCUCUGGCUUUCGGCGCUCUCAGCCCGCGUCUUGACCCCCGGGAGCCUCCCCUCGUCAAGCCGGGAAUCCCCUUAGUCGGGCAUAUCAUUGGCCUUAUGCGCCAUCAAGCGCAGUAUCACAUCAACCUGCAGCGCUCAACCCGCAAACCCAUCGCCACGCUGCCCAUGCUCACCGGCAAGAUGUAUGCUGUCUGGGACCCGUACCUCACCGCCGCCGGCCUCCGCAACAAGUCUCUCUCCAGCACGCCACACAUUCUCACCGCAACGCCCGUCCUGUCCCAGACCAGCCAGACCACCACCGCCCUCCUGCACGGCCCCCUGGGCGAGCCGCUCGUCGACAAAAUGAUGCUCAAGGCAAUCCCCGCCAGCCUCAAAGGCCCGCCCAUCCACCGGCUCAACACCACCGCGCUGACCUCCCUCGCCGCCCAACUCACCACCCUCGCUCCCUCCCCAACCACGCCCGCCACCGUCCCCAACGCCUGGCUCUGGCUCCGCCGCCUCCUCACCACAGCAACCACCGCCGCCCUCUACGGCCCGCACGACCCCUUC